UGGCAACGCUGGUCUCAAGUGUCAUCUGCGGUAUCGUCGUCGUCGCCAUCGUAGUUGGAAGGUAAACAAAAAACGCAUGUUUGGUUAACAAAUACCCAGCUCAACACACCGGAAAAUUCCGAUGGAUCUUUUCACCAUCGAUACUGUUGGUGCAAGUGGGAGUGCGACCGAACGUCCUAAAAGGCAGUUAUUACCUUCUUAUGGAAAGGUUUCCAAAUUAGUCCAAGUUCCUUCGUCUUCUAAAACGCCUGUAAAGCAGAGUGUUUUGGAAGAAUCAAAUGACAGUGAUGAAGACUAUGGAGGACUUCCUCCGCCAAGCAAAAACAUUUCCCAAAUUCUUCAACAUGAUAAACCAGUCACCAAUAAGCGUAUCAAAUCGAAGAAAAUCUUCGAAGACUUUGGCUCAACGGAACUAGAACAGGAUAAGUUUUCCGGGCUGAAAAAAUUGGCAGAAACCGACGUGAAUGAACAGUUGAAAUCAGCCGUUAUAACAGCAGCAACAGAGAAGCAGGAAAGUCUGGCGCUACUUUCGAUGAGUGAUCGGCAGAUUAAAGAAUUAAACAGAAAAGAGCGUGCCAAAACGAAAGGAGAUAAAUGGUUUAAUUUACCUGCCCAGGAAAUGACCGAAGAAGUAAAGAACCAACUGGAACUCAUUCGAAUGCGUUCGGUUCUGGACCCGAAACAUUUCUACAAACGUAGUGAAAUGAAAACAUUGCCCAAAUAUUUCCAGAUUGGAAAAGUCAUGGAAUCCCCACUGGAUUAUUACAACGAACGAGGCACAAAAAAGAGCAAAGCUAAGACUCUCGUCGACGAACUGCUAGAGGAUGCUCAGUUCCAGAAGUACAACAAGAAAAAGUAUGCCGAAGCUCUGGAAAAGCGAAAAAAGAAAGCAUACCACAAAGUGGCCAUGAAAAUGAAAAAGCUGAAGAAAAAGAAAAAAUAACUUACACACUAA